AUGGAUAAGUUUCAGUGUAAAACAUGCUCGGAAGUAAGUACUUCAAGUUUAAUGAUGAAGCACUUGGCUUCAACGAGACAUAAAACCAUUAUAGAUGCAUUUACUGAGGAAGUCAUCGCCUGUGAAGAGUGUCAAGACAAUAAUAUUCAUCAAUUGCAGAUUAUUAGGUUUGGCGGUGAAGAUAUGGUAUUGCUUUGUAACCGUUGUUUCCAUCAACAAUAUGGGAAUGACGAAAAACCUAGUACAAGCUACUCGUUAUCUAAUGGGUCUUUAUUAGAUUUCUGGGAUAAGUAUCUAAAAGUUAGAGAUUGUGCAUGUUCUGUCUGUGGCAAUGAGAAUAAUCUGAAUGUUAACCCCAAAAAGAAUGUUCUCUGUGAUGACUGUGUCAAAAAUGAUCAAUCUGCAAAAGGUUACAUAUCAGAGAAAACAGGUAAAUUUUUAUAUCUAUAUCUAGGAAUCAAAGAAACUUCAAAUAGUAAAAAAUUAAAGCUGAAAGGUGGUAGAAGAGUUGGAAGAGGGAAAGGUAAGGGUAGAAAAGGUGCCAGGAAGGUAAGGGAACCAAAAGCAAAAAAGCCACUUACCCUUCUUCAAAAGAUGGAGAAAGAAGCUCUUGCAACCAAAAGAAUAAAUACCGCAAUCGAAAGUGCAAGUAGUAUAAGUCUGAAAUCUUUUAAAGGCUUUAAAGCUGCCGAUAAUGAUGCUAAUUUCACUACGAAUGUCCCUUCGGGUACACUUAAUAGGCAGAAUUCCAAAACGAAGGCUAAGAAUAACAUAAAUGGUAAAAAAGAUACUAAACAAUCAAAUAGUAAACAAAAACAGAGUAAAUUACUUCCCUCUUCAAAGGGUUCCUUGCAUGGAAAAACUAGAAAUGACCAAAGAAGUUUUGGUAAAACGGUCACGAAGGCUAAUCCUACAGAUAAAACUUCAAUGAAAGCUUCGAUUCAACCAAAAGGGAAAAGUAGCAAAACACUACCUUCAAAGGCUAAACAAACAAAUAUGGCAGUUGUCACUAGUGAGAAGAUGAAGCAAGAUCCUAUAGUUGAUAUCACAGCUAAUAAGACAAUUCAUAAAGGCUUAAAGAAAAAUUUAGCAUCAUCCGAAAGCUCUUAUAAUUCACAAAGUAUCAAACGUAACGAGGUUAUUUCAAACGUCCCACUAAAACAUAAUAAUUCCAGAAAAUCACAGAGUAAGAGGGCCUCAAAGGCAACUGAUGAACAAAAGAAAACGACAGAGCACAAUAGAAAUAAAUUGGGUUCGAAUCCAGCUCCCGUUAAAAAGAAUAGUAAGGAUAUAAAGAAAACAGUCACUAGAAGAGAUGGAAAUGGAAUUGAAAAAAGAAUAAAUUCUUCUCUGUCUACUAGCGAAAGCCAUUUAGGGACAUCAUCUUCUAAUACUAGUCUCUGGGAGUUAGGAUGGGGUGAUUGGACUCCUCCAUCAAGUGUGCUUGAAAAGCCUAUUGUUAAAACUAAUAUUGAGGAUAGGAAACAUACGGAUAUUCAGGAAGAAAAAGAAGAAGGUACACAUUUAAUGAGAUUUAAUAAGUUUGUUCCACAAAUGACUUAUCCAGAUUUGAAUAGCUACCUGAGAAAUUUUUCCUACGCAAUGUUCCUAGAACAGAAGUUAGAAAACGACUUCAUUCAAGACUUCAAUAUCAUGUGGUCAAAAAUGCCGAAUGACAUUGUCUUUGUGGCCACUUUUAACAAAAGUAGCGCUGAGCUUGCAAAUAUCUUGCCACCAGGUGCUGCUGGUAAGAAGGACAGGAUACCUUUCAAUGAAAGACAGCCAUUGAUGCUCACUAAACAAGAUGAGUCCGUUGUUUGGUACGUAUUUGUUAAAGAGUUAUCAGUUCAAAGAAGCAAAAUUAAUCUACUUCUUGAAGUUUUUCCAUGGAAUAAUGUGCCUCUUCCAACCACUUGUGGAGCAGGAGAAUUGAAAAUUCUACCACUAUCAGCUCAGACCAAUAGAAUUUUGUUUUCUAUGACACGUAUCAAUAACCCAGCGUUCAUUGACUUGUUGGUAGGUAAGCCAAUUAAACAAUUAAAGUUUAAUAAUAGACUGAAAUUCACUAAAGACACAUUCAAUAUAUCACAAAUGGACGCCAUCGAGCAAGUUCUUAACAAUAGAGUUACUGUCAUUCAGGGGCCACCAGGUACAGGUAAAACUUCCACGAUUGAGGAGAUCAUUUUACAGUUAAUAAGUAGUUUCCAUUCUUUUCCUAUUUUGUGUGUUGCAGCGUCAAAUAUUGCAAUAGAUAAUAUUGCCGAAAAGAUUAUGCAUAGUAGGCCAGAUAUCAAGAUUUUGAGAAUUCUUUCCGACAGAAAGGAAAGUGAGUAUAAUAUGGAACAUCCGUUGGGAAAAAUUUGUUUGCACAAUAUUGUUUAUGACCAAAUGCCACCUGACAUGAAAGAGCUUACUGAUAAAGUACGCAGUGGCAGAAUGCAGGAGUUAUCUAAAAGGGAAGAUAGUAAUUUAUACAUUUUUAAAAAUAAGAUCUCGAAUAAGAAUGUGUCACAGGCUCAAAUUAUAUUUACCACAAAUAUUACCGCUGGUGGGCGUCAACUAAAAGCAAUAAAGGAAGUACCAGUAGUUAUCAUGGAUGAAUCCACGCAGUCUUCUGAAGCAUCUACAUUAGUUCCGCUGUCAUUACCUGGUAUCAAGAGUUUUGUUUUCGUUGGUGACGAAAAGCAGUUAUCGAGCUUUAGUAACGUGCCACAAUUGGAGUUGUCAUUAUUUGAAAGAGUUCUUUUAAAUGGGUCGUAUAAGAGCCCUAUUAUGUUAGAUGUGCAAUAUAGGAUGCACCCAAAGAUCAGUGAGUUCCCAAUUUUAAAAUUUUACAAAAAUCAAUUGAAAGAUGGUGUAACUGAAGUGGAUAGGGCAUGGCCAGGCAUAACUUAUCCUCUGUUCUUCUAUCAGUGUGAUAGAGGGAAAGAAUCGGUCACUGUCAACCGUAGAAAUAAUUUGUCUGCUUUAACUUACAUUAAUCAAUACGAGUGCCAGGAGAUUGUAAAGAUUCUUUACAAGUUAAUACUAGAGAAAAAUGUUUCUCUGGAUGAAAUUGGUAUUAUAACUCCAUAUUCAGCUCAGCGUGAUUUAUUGUCUAAGGUGUUACUAGAAGAUGAUAUAAUUAAUCCCGAGGGAAAAGCAAUGGAACAACAAAAUGAUGAAGCCGAAUUUUUAAACAAGAAUAACGUUGAUUAUUCCGUUCAAUCUCAUGUUGUAAACAUUAUUAACGGUCUUCACGUCGCAACAGUAGAUUCUUUUCAAGGUCACGAAAAAAAUUUUAUCAUAUUUUCCUGUGUGAGAAAUAAUGCUGAAAACAAGAUCGGUUUCUUACGUGAUGAAAGAAGACUGAAUGUUGCUUUGACGAGAGCCAGAAAUGGUUUGAUCAUAGUUGGUAAUAAGCACGUAUUAAAAGCUGGUGACAAACUGUGGAGAGAGUUUGUUACUUUCUUGGAAGACAAGGGAGUCAUCUUCAACAAUCUUGAAGUAUACUAA